AUGUUUUGAUCGAUUAUACUGAUAGGAUAAUGAUACGGAACCCAUCCUACACUUUAAUUUUAAUCUGUGAUUGUGGCUGCAAUGUUGUUUUGUUUUUCCUUGUUGCUACUUGUUUUGAUUAUGUAAAUUGAAAAAUUGAGACUUUAGAAAGUAUUUAAAAUGUUGGUCUCUAGGAAAUAUAUAUUUGUUGUAUUUGUGUGUUAUUUGGUACCAGUUUGCACUUCUGUUGGACUUAGUGCUUGUGAGAAAAUAGGUUUAUGUCAGUGUUUAUUUUCUAACGGAGUUACAAUCAAUUUGACACCUCUCAGCAGGUCACGAGAGUCAAGUUUGGUAGCGGCACUUGCUGAUGUGACAGUAUACUUCCAUCCUUGUUCCGACGUACCGCUGGGCAACAGUUCGAAAAGCUCGUGUGCGAAGGCCUCUUCGUUGUGUUUGUACAACAAAACAAGUAACACAUAUUACAAUCUUGGAAAAUCAGCUGAUGCCGUAUUUUCAUCUGAAGGGUUACACACAACUGUUUUGAAGUACAGUAAUUUAGGAAAGAGUGCUGCCAUCCAGCUUGUGUGUGAGUCUGUGCCCGGAGCUGGCAGUACCCUGGUGAUCGAAGCAGUGAACACUUCGUACGCCGCUCUGGUGCUGAAGUCACCGUGGGCGUGCGCCAGACGGGUCAUGGACGCAGACGCCGCCGACACCACGAUGGAGGGCAUGUCGACCGGCUCCUUGCUGGUUAUCCUCUUCUUCGUGUUCUCCCUGGUGUACGCGGGGGGCGGAGCGCUCGCCCUGAGGUUCCUCCGAGGAGCCUCCGGCAGGGAGAUGAUUCCCAACUACGACUUCUGGGCGGACCUUCCCUACUUGUGCAGGGAUGGUCUGCUGUUUAUGAUAUCUGGCUGCAAACCACUGCCUGCCUAUGACAGGAUAUAGUAACAGCGUAUUUUUUUUUUUUUUGUAAAGUUUAUGUAUCUCAUUAAGUUUAACAAAUUUAAUAUAAUGUGCCUUUGUGAAGUGGCUUGCAGCAUUUGUAUUUGCAUGCUACUUUCAUGAAUGUUAAAUAAAUUGUAUACAUUUUUCAUUAA